AUAAAGUAAAUAAUAAAUAACAUAAAACUGAAAAUAUUUGAAUAUGUCAAUUAUACCUUAACUUGUCUUUAAUAAAUUCUCAAAAACUCAAUUUUCCGUAAAAGGAUCGAUUAUAGUAUUAUAAAGGUAUAUUUGUUACCUAUAACAAGGUUAUCAGAAGUUCAUUUUGUACAACUUGAAAUUAGUGGGCAUUCUAGAAGAACCAUGAGUGGACAAUUUACUCCAGGCAAAGUGCCAUCAGCGCCCAAUCAGGUUCACUAUACUAGUGUGCAGCCAGCAAGCCCAUUUACUCCGCAACCCGAGUAUGUUAAAGCACCUCGUGAAAUAAUUACUACCGUUGUUCCUGUGGGUCCUCAUAGUACUCGAAUGGUGUGUAUUAGUUGCCGUCGAGAAAUUACUACACAUACUGCUAAAAAACCAAGUAUAAUGGCCUAUGUUUCAAGUGUGGUGUGCUGUGCAUUUGGAUGUUUUUGGGGACCAUGUUUAAUACCUUUUUGCAUGGAUUCAUGUAUGAAUGUGGAACACAAAUGCCCAGAGUGUAAAACUUUUUUGGGACAAUAUAGACGAUGAAUACUUGAAAAAAAACUAUUUUAAUCAGGGAUGGGUUUUCUGACUUUUUAAACUAUUAGACAAUCUUCAACACUGAGAAACUAAAGCCAUUUUAAACCAGUUAAAAAAACUCCAAAAUUAAUAAAAUGCGGAUUGGUUUUUAAUAUUAAAUUGAAUAAAUACUAAAUAGUUUUUUUUUAUAUGUGACCUAUUAAAAAAUAUUAGUUAAGUUAUCAUAAAUCAUAAUAUACCUAUGUUAAAAAGUUGGAAAUGUUGCUUUAAGUCACCCACUCUGAAAGUUUUAUAAAUGUGUUUUCACUUUUAAUACACUAAUGACUUCUUGAGCAGCUUAAGAGUUAAUAAAUAUAUUUUUACACUUACUAACACUUAACUGUCCAGUAUUACGACAUUAAGACUUAUUUUUUGCCUUGUUUUUAUUGCCAUUUUUUAAUAGUUAUGUAAU